UAUACAAGUGGUUCCAUGAUAAUUUUAUACGUAAGGGCUCAAGCUUCUAGAAAUGAGUUGCCGUACUUUAAAAAUCCUCCCAGAACUUUGCGAACUAAAGAAAACAUGAAAGGUUCAUUGUUUGAUUUCGAGGCAGUUGGUCCCGAAACUGAGAAAAUCACGAUGUUUUUGGAUAGUGUUGGAGAGGAUUUAUUCGAAAUUGUCGACAAUUUUGGCAAUGAUAAUGCAACAGGAUUCAGUCCUCUGAUGCGAAAAUUACGACUUAAAAAACCUCUUGAUCGUGAGGCACAUGGCGAGUACGCGUUUUAUAUUGGGGUUAAAGACUACGUCAUGUCAACUGCAAGAGAGUCAAAACACCAUGUUAAACUUUAUGUGGAAGAUGAAAAUGACAAUAAACCAAUAUUUCUCAAGACACCUUACUUCAGAAGUAUUUUUGAGAACUCGCCAAGCAACGAUUUGUACAAUAUUUCUGCAAGCGAUGCUGAUAUUGGAACGUCAGGAAAGUUUUCCUUUUUCUUUACAGACGAAUGUAAACUAGAUGAUUGUCAGUUUUUUGACAUAAAUGCAGCGACUGGUCAUGUUAAGUUAAAGACCAAUGAAACGUUGGAUUACGAAAAAAGAAAUCAUUAUAAUCUUGGCAUUCUCGUAAAGGAUCAUGGUGUCCCGUCUUUGAAUUCUACCACAAAUUUAGUGAUUGAAGUCAAAGAUCAAAGUGACCAACCUCCUGUGUUUGAAAAAUCAUCAUAUCGCGCUGAUAUUGAUGAAAAUAUUGCCAAGGACAGUGUUGUCAUUCAAACUAGAGCGUUUGACGGUGAUAGAGGAAUUAAGAAUCCGGUUAUUUACUCCAUCGUUGCAGGAAAUCAUAAUUACCACUUCAGGAUUGAUAAUUCUUCAGGAAAAAUUUAUGUGAAUUCAUCGAUUGACCGUGAUAAUGGCGAUGACUAUUUUGAAUUGACUGUUGAGGCUACAGAAAUACCUGAUAAAACAACUGGUGAUGCUGUUGUUUUUGUAACAAUAAGAGAUCUGAAUGACAACAAGCCAACAUUUCCAACAGAGGGAUUUUUAUACUCAACAAAUAUUCCUGAAAAUACUCCUAUAGGAACGACUAUCUUUUUCCGAAUGGGCGCCUAUGAUAACGACAGAGAGGCAAGGAAUGCAAAGUUUCAAUACUCCAUGUUAUGUGACCAUAAUGGCACAUUUACGAUUGACCCAAUUAUUGGAAGGAUUGCUUUAAACAAGUCUGUUGAUUAUGAAAUGAAGAAAAAUUACACUAUUCUGGUCAUUGCUACGGAAACCGAUUCGGUUGAAAAAUACUCUUCAAAUCAAACAGUCUUUGUGAUAAUAACGAACAUCAACGACAACAAUCCUGUUUUCAAUCAAAGUCAGUAUAAUUUAAGUGUCAACGAAGGAGAUGUUGUUGGGACAAAUAUCGGACAGAUAAUGGCAAGUGAUAAUGAUGCUGGUUACUAUGGUGACGUCACGUAUUCUUUGAUUGGAAAUGGAGCUGAUAUGUUUUUGGUUGAUAAGGAGAAUGGAACAAUAUCUGUUGCGAGAAGUUUAGAUUAUGAAUCACGAACAUUGUUUUAUAUUGGACUUCAAGCAAAGGAUGGUGGUAACAAGAUCACUGAAGUCACGUUGAUUAUAUCCAUCAUUGAUAAUAACGAUAAUCCACCAAUAUUUAAUCCAUCCACACCAAAAUUGCAUUCAUUGAGGAAAAUGAAAGACAUGGAUUUUAUUUUACAGUUCAGAUACUACAUAAUGAAUGGCAAUCUUCUUAAAAACUUUACAAUCAACAACAUAACAGGAAACAUCACCAACUCUGGUAUUAUUGACUAUGAAACGAAGUCUGAGUUCACGCUCGUCGUUAUGGCUAAAGAUCAGGGAAUACCACCUUUAAACUCAACUAAAAGUAUCGUCAUAUUUGUAAAGGAUAAAAAUGAUAACACACCGUAUUUUAAUCAAACAUUUUACAACUUAUCAUUGGUUGAAAAUGUUGGUAUUGACUUUCCACUGGUUCAACUUCAUGCUUUUGACAAGGAUAAUGGAUUGAAUGCGGAGCUUGUCUACACAAUUGUUGAUGGGAAUAAUGAAAAGAUGUUUACCAUCAACAUAGACGGUCUUGUCCUUACUAGAAGCUCGCCCAACAGAGAAAAAACAUCGUUCUACAUAUUGAAUGUGUCUGUUUCCGACAGCGGAGACCCAAAAAUGUUUGCUUAUACAACUCUUAUUGUUCAAAUAUUGGAUGAAAAUGAUAACACUCCAGAAUUUUCUAUGAUCGUUGAUAAAAUCCAAAUAAAAGAAGGACCAAGUACAAUCAAUUCUACAGUCGUCAAUAAUACCGCCGUAGAUAAUGACUUGGGAUUGAAUGGGACUGUUGAGUACACGAUUGCAGAUGGUAACAGUGAGGGGAAAUUUCACAUUGAUUCGCAUACUGGUGAAAUUAGCGUUGCUAAAGAAUUAGAUUUCGAAACAGUUCGAUUAUACUCGUUAAAAAUCGUUGCCACAGACAAAGGGACACCCCGUAUGUUAUCUGGAGAAUAUCAACUUGUUGUGGAAUUACUAGAUAUAAACGAUAACAGUCCAAGAUUUGGCCAACCAGAAUAUAGUUUUACCGUUACUGAGAAUCGUCCUCCAGGAACUCACAUCGUUUAUCUUCGUGCUGAUGACAGAGAUAGCGAAAAAAACAAAUUGAUUACUUAUUCAUUUUCUAAUGGAAAUAUUGGCUUCGCUUUAGUCAUCAACAAUGAAACUGGAGAAAUUUCAACCUCUCGACCCUUAGAUCGUGAAAAAGUUUCGCAGUAUUUCUUAACAGUUAAGGCUAUUGAUCAUGGAAAACCUUCGUUACAAGGAAGAACAAAUGUCACUAUUAAUGUUCUGGAUGUUAAUGAUGUUAUACCAAACUUUAAUAAAUCGUCUUAUUCUGCUUCAGUUCCCGAGGAUACAACAAAAGGAACAUCUAUUGAUUGUAUCGUGCAAGCCGUGGAUAUGGACGAUGGACCUGCAGGUGCGGUGACUUAUGAAUUGGAGUCAGAAGGAAACAUUGAAGAUGGAAAUCAUGUCUUUUCUAUUGGAUCCAUUACAGGAGAGGUUAAAACGGCAACAUCUUUAAACUUUGAGAAACGUCGUAAUUUCACAGUAACUGUCACUGCAUGUGACAAUGGAGUUCCACGACUAUGUAGUAAUGUCUCCUUAUACGUCACGAUCACAGACACUGAUGACAAUGCUCCUGCGUUUGCUCAGGAUACAUGGUCAGCGACAGUGAAUGAGAAUGUUUCACUUGGUGUUAACAUCACUCAAAUAAUUGCAACGGAUGAUGACUUUGAACUCCAUCAUCGAAAAAUUUAUUAUUUUAUUACUGAUGGAAACGAAGACGAAGUGUUUGGGAUUGGGUUCGAGAAUGGCAGCGUUUACGUUGCUAAUACAAAAAACCUGGAUCGAGAAAGAAAGGAUAAAUAUGAGUUGACUGUCGUCGCUCGAACUUUAAACAAAUUUAUGAAUAAAACUGUUCAGGAAACCAGUGCUAAGUUAACCAUUGUCGUGUUGGAUUACAACGACAACGCACCAGUAUUUCGACAAAACACUUACAGAAAAAAAAUUCCAGAGAGUUUUGAACUUAAUGAAGAAAUUCUCACCGUAUCAGCAGUGAUGCAGAUAUUGAAGAAAACGAAAGAAUCUCGUAUUUUAUUGUGGAUGGAAAUGUUGACGGAAUCUUCAUUAUAAAUAAAACGACCGGAGUUAUAACCAUUGGAAUGAAGCUUGAUAGAGAGACAAAACAUAAACAUCAACUCAUUGUGAACGCCAAGGAUCAUGGGACUCCAUCUUUGUCGAGUAACGUGACUGUUGACGUCAUUGUCACUGAUACAAACGAUCAGAAUCCUGUACUUGUAAUCGACAAUAAGAUACUUGAAAUACUAGAG